CGCAUGAGGAGAACAGGGAAGGAGUUCGUCGUUAUGAGAAAAAUUCCUUCAGGAGUUUAUCAAUACAGGUUCAUUGUUGAUGGACAGUGGAGGUAUGCCCCUGACAUCCCGUGGGAGCUGGAUAGAGCAGGCAAUGUUUGCAAUAUCUUAGACUUGAAGGAUUAUGUCCCAGACGCGACUGAGAGCAGAGCCAGUUUCGAGCAGCCUCAGUCUCCCGAUUCCAGCUACAACAACAUGUACUCUGACCCCGAGGACUACGAGAAGGAACCCCCGCCAAUGGUUCCUCCACAACUUGAGCAUACUUUACUGAAUGCUCCAGCACCUCACAUGGAGAUUCCACCUUCUCUUUCAAAACCUCAACAUGGGGUGUUGGACCAUCUCUACAUACAGGAGGAUAUGAGCACCCCGUCUGUGGUUGCACUAGGUUCGACUUCUCGGUUCCAGGCCAAAUAUGUGACAGUUGUGCUUUACAAAUCGACAAAGAGACGGGGUUGAAAAUGCGUAUCGUAAAGACAAAGUGUGUGUGAGGCUAAUUUCCUUGUCUGAACAUUGGAAAAGGCCAUAUGUGUAUACUUUGUGUCUGUUUGGUAAUAAUGCCGGGGCUACUGGCUUCUCUGCACUUAGUUCUUGUGUUCUGUAUUUCCUUUCUCUCCAAAUCGACUUCUACUCUAGA